CAAAGAAGGAUCUGCUUCCGACUUCUCCCCCUCCGCCCCCACCCUCCUCGCGAGGAAGCAGAUCUCUCCCUCCCCUCUCCCGCAACCAUGGCUUCGCUAUUCAUUUUGUUUCUAUUUCUCUCUUCUCUCUUCGGCGCCGUCAUCGCUCAAUCCGCCAUAAAAUUGCCCAACAAGGGCGCCGGGCACCACCGCCACACCACGCCACCCAAGCUCACCGCCAAUUACUACGCCAAGACGUGUCCCAAGUUCGACCAGAUCAUGCAGGACACCGUCUACGCCAAGCAGAGCACCAACCCUACCACCGCUGCCGCCGUCCUCCGCACCUUCUUCCACGACUGCAUGGUCGAGGGAUGCGACGCCUCCGUCCUCAUCUCCUCCACCCCCUCCAACCAGGCGGAGAAGGACUACGACAUCAACCAGUCCCUCGCCGGCGAUGCCUUUGACCUCGUGACGCGUGCCAAGAGCGCCCUCGAGCUCGCCUGCCCGAACGUCGUCUCUUGCGCAGACAUACUCGCCCUCGCGACCAGAAACCUCGUAAAGUUCGUCGGCGGACCCUUCAUCCCCAUCCAAUUGGGCCGGAAAGACGGGCUCGUGUCCAUGGCUUCGCACGUUGAAGCUAACCUAGCUAGGACUAACACCUCAAUGGAGCGAAUGAUCGAGAUGUUCAAGGAGAAGGGAUUCACCAUUGAAGAAAUGGUGGCGUUAACCGGCGGUGGACACACGAUUGGAUUCUCACACUGCAAGGAGUUCAGCAACCGGAUCUUCACCUACCCGUCGCAAUCAGGCGUCGACCCUUCGCUCAACCCUAGAUUCGCAGAUCGCUUGAAAAAGAUGUGUGCCAACUACCAGGCCAACCCGACAAUCGCAGCGUUCAACGAUCCCUUGACACCCGGAAACUUCGACAACAUGUACUUCAAGAACUUGAAGAACGGGCUGGGGCUUCUGGCUUCGGACCAGGCGCUGAUAAACGACCCGAGAACAAAGCCGAUAGUGGACAAGUUUGCGGCCGACCAGGCGGCGUUCUUCCAGACGUUUGUCGAAGCCAUGGUGAAAACUAGCGUUACCGGAGUCAAGACCGGGAAGCACGGCGAGGUGAGGGUCCGGUGCGAUAGGAUCAACUGAUAAAAUUAUCAGGAAAAUUGUUGGUGGUUUCGAAGAGAGCCAUGGGGAUGUGAUCAUUUGCAGAUCAUACAGUUAUUUGUUUCGUUACACUAUACACGAUUUGACUGCAUUUAGAAUGCUUGUAUUUAAAAAGGAAGAAAUGCUUGUGUAGAUCUACAAAUGGAACACAAUAUAAUUUGUUGAGAGUUUUUGAGUAUAUCUCUCUGUUUUUUUGUUCUUUUUAAAUAAUUGUGAUUAAUUAUUUUGAUUUCUGUUUCUUAAUCCAAAAUAAUCUUCGAUAUC